CCUCUCUCUUUCUUCUUUUUCUUGUUCUAAGCUAGGUUUUUUCUUUCUUCAAUAUAAUUCCGUCGCAUUUUCCGGUGUUCCAAAACUUCAGAGGAGCUCAUGUUUCCGGUGGAUACAACCUGGUCGUCCCAUGUUGGAAAAAGAGGAGCAGAUGGAGAUCAGUACACUGAAAAGAGGAUUCCAGAGCACGUAAUAGUGGCCGUCAGAGCUGAGAAGGACAUUUCCAAGACUGCACUGGUUUGGGCACUGUCCUGCAUCGUUCGUCCUGGAGAUUGCAUUACGUUGCUCGCUAUCCUUCCCCCCGAGAAAAACAGAGGUCGGAAAUUAUGGGGUUUUCCGAGAUUGAGCGGAGAUUGUGGGAGCCGUCAAUGGGAGAAGUCUUCCGACUGGAAAUGCCAGAUCUCAGAAUAUUGUUCCAAGAUGAUGCUCCAAGUUCACGACCAAAACCAGGUUAGAGUAAGCAUCAAGGUGGUAUCAGCUUCACCCGGUGGAGUGGUGGCUGCAGAAUCAAAGAAGGCCGGAGCUAGUUGGGUCGUUUUAGACAAUCACAGACAGCUGAAGCAGGAAGAGAAGCAUUGCAUGGAGCAACUCCAUUGCAACAUUGUAGUGAUGAGACGUUCUCAACCUAAAAUACUCAGGCUCAAAUUAGAAAGCUCAUAUGAAGUCCAACCCCCUAUCUCUUCCUUCCCAACUCCAGAAUUCGAUGACGAGAAGUCGCCGGACGUCAGGAUCAAGCACUCAACCCCUGUGAGCAGCCCCGAAGAUAAGAAAACUUCCUUCUCCAGGACCACCAGCACCACCACCACUAGAGAAAUUUGGGUUUCGAGUUCCAACAACAAAGGUGCUUCCCCUUUCUUUGAAGGUCUCAACAAGAGAAAGCCUGGAUCUCUAAAUGAACGAGUAGGCUCGGAUAACCGUUUCAUUGUAUUUGACUCGGGCGGCGAUGCUCUGAUCUCUCUGUUUACAAAUUCUACGCCAUCGGCGGCUCGUAACCAGAAGAAUGUCCAUUGGGUUCCCGAAAGCCACACCGUCGAUAAACGGAGCUCGACUAUCAGAAACUACAAGAAUACCCACAGCACCAAACCCCAGCCUUCUCGAGCACUGCUUGAAAAGUUCAUUCAACUUGGCAGAGAAUCAUUCAGAGAUAACCAAAGCCACCAAAGAGACUACGUUGUCAACUCCGACGUCAGAGGUGCAAUGUCUUUGAGCAGAACAUCUUCGGCACCUCCUCCUCUAUGUUCAAUAUGUCAGCACAAAGGGCCGAUUUUCGGAAGACCACCCAGAUGCUUUGACUACAGAGAGCUUGAGGAAGCUACAGAUGGGUUUUCGGAGGUGAAUUUCUUAGCUGAAGGUAGGUUCAGUUUGGUUCACAGAGGGGUGUUGAGAGAUGGUCAGGUGGUAGCUGUGAAGCAGCUGAAAGUGUCUGGGUUGGAAGGAGAUGCCGAUUUCUGUAGGGAAGUUGAGGUAUUGAGUUGUGCACAACAUAGGAAUGUUGUGAUGCUGAUUGGUUUCUGUGUUGAGGAUGGAAAGAGGGUGUUGGUCUAUGAGUACGUCUGCAACGGCUCCAUGGAAUUCCACUUAUACGAAAAUGAGAGCUCUCCUUUAGAUUGGAACUCGCGUCUUAAGAUAGCAAUUGGAGCAGCAAGAGGUUUAAGAUAUCUUCACGAGGACUGCAGGGUUGGGUGCAUUGUGCACAGAGAUAUGCGCCCGAGCAAUAUCCUCCUCACCCAUGAUUUCGAACCACUGGUUGGAGAUUUUGGACUGGCCAGGUGGCAACCAUCAUGGGAUAUUGGUGCCGACACAUGUGCGAUUGGAACUCUAGGGUAUCUCGCACCGGAGUACACUGAUGGCGCAAAACUCACAGAGAAAGCUGAUGUAUAUGCAUUUGGCAUGGUGUUACUAGAGCUAAUUACAGGGCGAAGAACAAUCGACUUAACUCGUCAAAGUGCGAAUCAGUUCCCAGCAGAUCUAUCCCUCUCCAUGCUGGCCCUAGAACAAAGCCAUGCCUUAACAAUUAAUUAUCAAUUGCUGGAUCCGCGCUUGGACUUGGACCAAUUGCAUAGUUAUACUCAUACAUACCAGCUUCAAGCGAUGGCUCAUGCUACUUCAUUGUGCCUAUGCCGAGACCCAGAAUUCAGACCUCCUAUGUCGAAGAUCCUAAGAAUUCUAGAAGGAGAUGCAAUGAUUCCUCUGGGUUCCGAGCUUGACUCAGUUGGCAGUAGAAGUGCACGAAUGCAUGUUCCAACUAAACUUCAACAAACUGAAUCAUUCAGAGGUCAUUCUCGUGCACUUUCCCAGUAACCAAAGUGGGCUGUGGGCAUUUGCGUUGGUCUUCAUGCAUGCGUUCUGAAGACGAAUCACUCUUCCCACUAUGUAGGCUACGAAAGCCAAGUUACAACGGAAAAUCUCAUCUUCCAAGGAAACGUCUCACAGCCUCAGUCAGGACCCGAAAGAUGGCAAGCAUUCAACGACAAUGUUUUCCAUCCCCACGUGGAGAAGAUUAUUCAAGACUCCAAAUGGAUUUCAACUACAAUGUUUUCCAUUCACAGAAUCAACGCCAAUUUGAUGAUUUUAACCAUUCAGCCCAUCAGAACUCUUAUGAACUUUAAUGAAAUGUAUUUCCUAUAAAAUGUUAAAUGACAACCGAAGAAAUAUGGUGGUUAAAUGAGUUUUGCAAAGCAAUAAUUUUGUCAUAGGAGAUAAUACUCAAUCCCAAGGAUGGAAGAGCAUCCUUUGGUUCAUCCCAUGCCCCAAAAUAGGGUUGUAAUUGCUCGUGGAAUGUAAUUCAUCUUUACUUUUCCUAUACACCAAUAUAUAUACACUGGACAUUGAUAAAC